AUGGCGCAGCUCUGGGCGGUGUUCCUAGCCGUGGGGUCGCUGGCCAUCGGCAUGCUCGGGGUGCUCGGCGUCUGGCUCUGCUACCUGUUCCAGGCGGUGGCGCGGGGGCCGCCUCCCGCCCCGCCGCCCGAGGCGCCGGAGACGGACGACGGCGACGACAAGAACGGGCUGUCGGAGGCGGAGCUGAGGCAUCUUGGCGGGGUUGUCCAGGCGGAGGCCGCGGACGAGGAGGAGGAGGCGCUCUGCCCGAUCUGCCUCGACGCCAUGGAGCCCGGCCGCGCCGUGCGCGUCCUCCCCGGCUGCAACCGCGCCUUCCACAAGGACUGCGUCGACCGGUGGCUGGCCAUCUCGCCGCGCUGCCCCGUGUGCAACGUCUGGGCCACGCCGCAGUCGCCGCUGGCCUCGCCGACGGCCUUCAAGGCUGCUCCGGGAUGUUGA